AGAUUUAUCUGAAUACAACAUAUUAUACCACUAUGAGUGAUGUUGUCAUGGGUUUAUUCAGUUGCUAUGCUCGUACAGAAAAUUGUCUAUGAAAAGGAGAAAAGAUUAAGAGAGUUACAGGUAAUGAAGAUGAUGGGCUUAUCAGACAGUGUACACUGGUGGGCGUGGUUUAUAACUGCCGCAGUACAGAUGACUGUUACCGUGGUAACGCUGACGUUGAUGUUAUACUAUGGAAGUGUACUAUCACAUAGUAAUCCAGUCAUAGUGUUUAUGUUCCUGGAAAUGUUUGCCCUGUCUUCUAUUGCUUUUUCGUUUUUAAUUGACAGUAUGUUCUCACGAGCUAAACUUGCUGCAGUAUGUGCGGGUAUAUUUUACUUUAUAACAUACGUACCAUACAUGUAUAUAGCCAUCAGAGAGGAUUUAACGCGGACCAGGAUACCGGCAUACAUUAAAACUGUCGCUGCAAUAUUUUCAACAUCAGCUCUGGGUGUAGGCGGGAAGUAUUUCCUGUUUUAUGAGUUAGAGGGAUCAGGUGUACAGUGGGAGAACUUACAUGUGUCACCACGGGAAUAUGAUAAUUUUAGUCUAUAGAUUGUGUUGAUAAUGAUAGCAGUGGACACAGUUGUUUACUUUAUACUGGCCUGGUAUAUAGAGAAUGUACAUCCAGGAUCUUAUGGUAUACCAAAGCCAUGGUAUUUUCCAUUCACAAGCUCUUACUGGUGUGGAACAUCACUGGGAAACAUGUUGUCUUAAAAGUCUGUUCGGAGUUAAUCGUAGCAGACGUCGUUACUACCUCGUCAAUGAUGAUCCGGAAAAUGAUGAUGUCACUGUUGAUGAUGACUCAGGUAUAUAUUGGUGUGGGUGUAACACAGACUGUAUCUGUACACUAGAUAUUAAACCAGACCUGCGAGACUUGACAAGAGGAGAAGUUGUGACCAACUUGAGAAAGGUAUACAAGAAGGGAGAUAAAUCAGCAUUAGACAGUCUGUCUAUGAAGUUGUAUAAGAACCAGAUCACCUCGUUCCUCGGUCAUAAUGGUGCUGGAAAAACAUCAACUAUGUUAGUAUAACUAUAUACAGUUAACACCAUUACACACAAUAAGUUAAAGUUAGAUUAUUUUUUGUUAUAUAUUUUAAGCAG